CACUCCCGCCGCCCCGUCUUCUCUUCGUCCCGCCUCGCCCCUCUCUCUCUCCCUCCAAACCCUACCCCGCGCACGCCUCCCUACCCCACUGCCAUCUCCUUCGCCGCCGGGAGCUCGCCCGGGAUGACUGCCGCGGGGUUCCUGGUGGGCUUCCUCCUCGGCCUGCUCGCGCUCACGGAGGCCGAGGCGGCCGCGCUGCUCUGGUUCGUGCUCCGCCUCCGCCGCCGGCGCGGCUUCGGUGGACUCGGACGGCUCCUCUCCGUCUCCUCCCUCGCCCCCACGUGUGGUUCCGCUUCCCGCUGGCCACGAGGUGCAGCCUUGCAGGGGCGCAUCGGGUUGGGCCUCUGUUUCCGAUAUGGUGCAGCAGCUACUGUGGGGUUGAGGUGUUCUGGCAACGGUAGGAGCUCCGGGCCCGUCCAGGUCUGUACAGUGCUCCAUCUAUGCUGAUUUUCAGAAACUGUUGCCCAGAGAGAUCUCCAUGAAGCAUUGCGCCUGAUGCAGAUGUCAAAGUAUUCAAUCUACUUUGAUGACCACCAGCGGUGUAGUCUUGGUACAUAUACUGCAUCCUGAGAGAUAAAGCAGCAAGGACUAGCAGCAUGGAUGUGAAAUAUGGUCAUGCUCUUAACCUGAUCUCCAGAAAGGUAUAAUCUGUACCUACAUCUACAUUAAUUGGUACCACUAUUGCUGGGCAUUGAUUGCUGACAGAAUUUCUCUCCAGCUAGAAUGUUUGUAUACACCGUAGCAAUUCUCUCCUGUAAUAGCUACAUCAAUUUUGAGAUUGCUAACAGAAAUUCUCUCCUAAUAAAUAUUAACCAAAUUUAAUUUAAGAAAUGAGAGAAUCUCAAUACUAUGGUACAACUUUGCUGAAAAAACCAUUAUUUGCAGUACUAACAAAUUAUAGCAAUAGGAUGCGCUGACAUCAGUUUACUGCUCUGGAUUAAUUAUUAUUCGAUGACUGUCUAAAGAUAGAUUUUCAAAUACCGAAGGCGAGUUAGUCUAUUCAUUCAUCUGUAUCGUACAAUAUAUGUCUCAUAAUGUUUGCUGAGUAGCAAAGCUGACUCCUUACAAUAUUUCUUUUGUUAUCAUUUAGCAUUACCGUAGUACUGCUAUGAUACUUGCGGCAAAGUUCAUACCAUGCUCCCAGUUCCCUAUUAUCAUUUUCAUAAUUUUGGAGAUUUAGUUUAGUUACAAAUAAGCACGUCGUCCGACAUUUACUGUUUGUCUGGACUAGAAAUGAAAUGCAAAUAUACCUUUUAAAUUGACAUGAUAAUUGGAAGUAGAUAAAUGUUAUAACCUUUGUACUUAUCAAUGGAAGUUAUCAAUGAUUUCUCCCUUUUAUGGGUAUAGUCAGCAUAACGGGUAUUUUCUCACAAUUUUCGUUUCUCCUGUCUCUUCAACAUCAUUCCACACUGCACUUAAUGAAAACUUAUCUUUGAGCAAGUUAUAUUCUCCAUGUUAACAUAGUUCCAGUAGCAUGCGUAUCAGUGGUGAGUUUUUUUAUUCAUUGAUUUUGUGUGUUCCCAUUUUGGCUUGGUUUCACUGCUCAAACCAUAUAUGUUAGUAAGAGGAAACAGAGUGUCACAUUUUUGUUGAUAAAAUACAUAUAAGAACAGAUUCAUUGUCCCGUCUGUGUAGCAUGGAUGUUUGUUCGUUAACGCAAGUGCUUAUUGUCACAUCUGU